AUGCAAACGGCGUUUUUGUUACACGACAUCGAAGUACAAGCUCAGUUAGUGGACGUGUCCAGAUUUUCCAAGUGGAACGUGCUCGUCAGAACGCUGGCAUGUGUGAAGAGGUUUAUCGACAAUCUACGGGCAAAGAGGCUAGGAAAGGCUAUCGAAACAGUUCCAGCAUCAACGAACGUCAAAGCGUUGGUCAUGACGAAGUUGCUGACGAUCGUGAAACCAUUGACCCGUGAGGAGUAUCAAGUGGCAGAGAGAGCGCUGUUGAAGCUUGCUCAGGUUGAAGCGUUCCCGGACGAGGUUAGAGUUUUGCUGAAGAGUCGUCGCACAGAGGGAUCAACUGGAGUCAAACUCGAGAAGAGCAGUCCUCUCUUCAAAGUUUCGCCGAUGUUAGAUGAGUUCGAUGUGAUUAGAAUGGAAGGAAGAUUAUCAACAGCUGAGUUUCUUCCGUUCGAACUGCGUUUCCCGAUAGUGCUACCGAAGGGCCACCAUAUCACGCGGAAACUUCUGGAACACUACCAUCAAAAGUUCGGCCACGCAGGACGAGAGACGGUCACUAACGAAGUGCGCCAGAGGUUCUAUAUACCACAUCUUCGAGCCGAAGUCAGGAAGGUGAUGGAUAGUUGUAUGUGGUGCAAAACUAGAAAAUGCAAACCGGAAGCACCAAGGAUGGCACCGUUACCUGUGCAACGCGUAACUCCCAAUCGUCGUCCGUUCAGCUUUACUGGGGUGGACUUCUUCGGUCCUUUGCAGGUUACCGUUGGUCGGCGUGUAGAGAAGCGAUGGGUGGCACUGUUUACCUGCCUUGUCACUAGAGCAAUCCACCUAGAAGUAGCCCAUAGUUUGUCAAGCCAGGCAUGCUUGAUGGCGAUCCGGCGUUUUGCGUGUCGAAGAGGAAUGCCAACGGAGUUUUUCUCAGACAAUGGGACGAACUUCGUAGCGGCGAGUAAGGAGGUGAUGAAGAACAUCGGUAUGAACUGUAGCGAAGUAUUCACGGAUGCGAGGACGAGGUGGAACUUCAACCCACCAGCAGCCCCCCAUAUGGGCGGGGCUUGGGAAUGA